AUGACAACAGUCGAAUUCGGUGGUGGACCAACCCUUGAAGCUUGCCAGCAAUUCGCUAAUCUCAAAGAUGGCUCGGAAAUUCCAAAAUAUACAGGUCACAUUCAUCAAUUACGAUUUCGUCAAGGCCAUACAUACGGAGAAGAAACACAUAUUUUAUCCAAAGAAUUUCCUCAUUUAAUUAAACGUUCAAAAUCAGAUGCUAUUGUUAAAUAUGAUCAACCUGAUCCAUAUGUAACACGAGACUUUCCUGAUGGAUUAAUUCCAGGUUAUACAGGUUAUGUACCUCAACGAAAAUAUCAACACGGUAAUCGAUAUCGUAUUGAAACCGAUGCAUGUGUAACCGGAACACAAGCUGCAUAUGCAAGAGGAAGACAACAAAUUCAAGAAUUACAACGUACUGUGAGUGCUUAUCCAAAAACACGCAGUUUAAACAGUGGUACAGUUGUGAAACAUUUUCUUGAUUAUCAUCGAGCAUAUCAUCCAAAUGAAAUUUCUCAACAAGAGGAUCGCCGACCCUUUGUCGAACCACCUAUGCCUGGCUAUUAUGGUUAUGUUCCUCGUAUGGUUCCAAUAGGAGUCGGUCUUGGCUCACGUUAUCAUGAGGCAACAAAAAAAUCUUUGCAUCGUUUUGCAGUUGAAACAACAAAUUCGACGACAAAUUUUCCUACAAUUGUUGAUAAUCAAUCAUUAUCACCAAAUUAUGCUACUCGGCCAGACUAUACAAGAAGUUUAAUUGAUUUUACACAAACGCGUCCAAAAUCAAGUUCAUCUUUUAAAAUCUACAAUCCAACCGGAAUGGUUCCGAAAUAUACGGGUUAUUUACCUCAACGUAAAUAUCGUGUUGGACAAACGUUCGGUGAUACAACACGCGGUUUGCCGGUUUGUUCUGAUUUAUCAUCUUCCAGUCUCGGUGAUUUCGCAUAA